UAUAAAAAAUUUUUAAUUACAUUUAUGCUUUCCAUUUGAAGAUGUUUUUUUUUAUUCAUCAAAAAUUCUAUGGACACAAUUAUUUAUUCUCUACGGUAGUCUGUUGCAUGGAGACUACUAAAUCAUGAAAUUGUAUUCUGGGAAAUCCACACAGAGACGAUAAGAGUGACGCACAGAUAUGAGAAAAUUUAAUUACAAUAGGAAGUAAUUUUCCUUUUUUUACCUAUUCUUCAAUAUACGUUACAUUGUGUUAGAAAAAUAAUUUGAUGGUAAGGAAGGUCAAACAUUAUUCUUGUCGCGGCUCAUAAUUCGAGACAAUGUCAUAUGUUUAAAUUAAAAAAUAAAAAUAAAAGAAAAGGUAGAUUAUACAUAGAUAUAUAUCUAUUCAUAAUUUCAUGUUUAGCAUAUGUUUGAAAAUAAAUAUAAGAUGAUGGCUAAUUUCAAAUUUAAAAGCAUACAAACGUGUUAAAAGAAUAUUUGUUUUUCAAAUUUUAAAUAUAUUUUACUAUAUCCCUAAAAUGAACUAUUAUGUACUUGUAUUGUUAAUGUAUUUUCAUUGUCAGAGUGUUAUUGGUCAGAUUCCACCAAUUUUUGGAUCACAAGACCUAAAUCUUCAAGGACCACCAAUUUUUGGAUCUCAAAGUGUAAACGAUUUAUCAUCUUAUAUUAUAAAUGAUGGUAGACAAAUUAUCAAUACAGGAAACCAAUGUUAUUGUACUUUGACUUCUUCUUGUACUGGAUUUCCACUAGUACCGGGAAGAGACAACUUUAAUAUUCGUAUUGUGAAUACAGGACCAUUAAGUCCUGAAUCAUGUCCAACUAAUUAUGUACUGUGCUGUUCGGGAAUACCACAGACAACUAAUCCUGUGUGCGGAAGAAGAAAAGUGGCAAUAACAAGUGGAGUUGGUGAUGUAGCACCAUAUGGAAGUUUUCCAUGGCAAGCUGCAAUAUUUGAUCGUCUAAGUGACCAAUACAUCGGCGCAGGAGUUAUAAUUACUUCAACUCACAUUCUAACAGCAGCACACAAAGUCUACAACUUAAAUAAUAACUUCAGAGUUAGACUUGGUCUUUGGACAUUAUCGGCCUCAACUUACCCAUACUUUGAAGCUUAUCCUCUGUUCACAGAUAUACAAACAUAUUUUAAUCCAAAUACUCUUCAAAAUGACAUCGCUAUUAUUCAACUUGAUAGAGCUAUUCCGUUUUCAAAUUAUGUUAGUAUUAAUACUGCAUGUCUUCCGACCACUAUUCCUGCUGCUGGCACAAGGUGCUUUACAGCUGGAUGGGGAGUAAGUUCUUAUAAUAAUGGUCAAUAUCAAAAUCCACUAAGAGAAGUUGAAGUUCCAAUUGUUGCACCAUUAGCGUGUGAAACUAGAUUGCGAAAUACAAGACUUGGAGUUUUUUACAACUUAGAUAGAACUAGCUUCAUAUGUGCUGGAGGCGAACCUGGAAGAGAUGCUUGCACUGGAGAUGGUGGAGGAGCCCUUGUUUGCGAAGUAGUUUCAGGUCAGUAUCAAGUUGUCGGUUUAACAGCAUGGGGAGUUGGCUGUGGAACACUAAAUGUUCCAGGAAUAUAUGUUAAUGUAUAUUCAUAUCUUACUUGGAUUAGAAAUUAUGUUUCAAUUACAGCAAAUGCUGGGUAAUAUAUUAAAAAUCUAAAGUAAGUCAAAGAAUAUUGUACAUGAAAUUUCAUAUUAAAAUAAAAAAAAAAUUCUGUAAAGU